GUAGUUGAUAGUGUCUGCUGGGCAAACUUUCAAAAAAGAGUAGGAUUUCGUAAGUGACCUGAAAAUUCAAUUUUUCUCGAUUUCCACCCAUUAAAUCCACGUGGAACUCCUGCAGACAUCCAGAUGAGCAUGAAGUCCUUCCCACGGCGUGUUCUCUUCCUCAAGGUUCACAAGUAUUUCGUGAAUCAGCUGAAAAAUCGAUCGGACAGCAUAUUGAGGUUAUGGAUGGAUCACUGUGAGUAUAUUCUGUCCCAGAGAAUUCGCCGGGGACAACAAAUGCUAUCUCUCUACACGAAAAUCUGCGGGGAUGAGGAACUUCGGGAGCUGUUGAGUCGCCUCCGGCGUCAUGUUCAGCGUCAUGCCAAGAGCCUGAUGAUGGGUGCUGUGGGAUUUACAUUCAACUGGAAUGAAGAAAGAAUUACCCUUGAGUCCGUCCGGGAGCACUUUGAGGCAAUUGAUUUUGUGGAGGAACUGAAGAAUAUCACGUUAAUCUGCAAGAAAUGCUCCAAGAGGCGCGUGAUUGACAAGAAAAUCGAUGGGAUUGAAUAUUGCGCCUGUGGGGAAUCAGUUAGAACUUCCUCGGAAGACUGGGAGCCCUAUUUGGAACGGCAGAACAUGAUAAUUUGGCGCAAAGCACAGAUUUGCGGUAAAUACAUCUAUAAGGUGUACGGAGAGUAUCCGGAUGUGUCAGCAGAGGACUUCCUGCAUGUCCAGACGGAUCUGGAGUACAGAAGGGAAUGGGAUUCGACGGCAAUUGCUCUGGAAAUGAUUGAUACGGAUGCUACUCCAGGAUCAAAUAGUCAUGUGAUUUACUGGGAAAUGCUGUGGCCGAAACUCUUCGCAAAUCGCGAUUAUGUCUACAAUCGUCGAACAUUUGUGGACAGAAAGCGUCAAGUGAUUGUGAUAGCGAACCGGAGCACGCAACAUCCCAAAUGUCCGAUUAAGGCGGCCAAUCAACGCGUCUCUGACUACUGGAGUUACAUGGUGAUCAAAUCGAAUAAGUCCUUUGGGCGUCCUGGCCUUAGAUUUGUCCUUACGUAUUUUGACGAUCCGGGAAUUGUGAUUCCGCCCACAGUGACUUCCUGGGUGGCCAAAAAACAGAUGCCGGACUUUCUCAAUCGACUCUACGAUGCUACGCUCAAGUAUGCACAAAAGAGAAGAGAUGAAGAGGUGGAGGCCAUCAAUCGGAUGUAUUCUUACGAAAAACUUCGGGAUCCUGGUUACGAAUAUCCUCCAGAUCCUGAAGUUAAAGAAACUGGCAAAGAUGAUGACACUCCGUCUUCACCGUCAUCUUCGAGUUCAGGGGGACAGGGAAGGUCCAUCUUGGAGGAUUUGAAUGAUGAGGAAGAGGAGCAAGAGAGUGAACCAAAAAGCAAAUCAUGGUGGAGGUACUUUCAUCCAUAUUACUACUUUGCCUAGAAGGCGGAGAAGGUUUGUGGAAAGGUAGAAGGUACUGAUAGUUGAGGAGGAAUAUCGCACUGUGAACUGAUAGUGGCAUAAGAUAUUUUACGUUACAUGUUCAACUUUUAUCGCGAAAAUUUCAAAGUUCGUGCAAUAAAUUGUAUAUUGAUCCCAGUGUUUUAAAAAUUUAAAUAAAAGACUUUACUUUUA